UUUUUUUAUUGUAUUGUAGUAUUCAUAAAUAAGUUUUGGUUUUAAAAUACAAAAUGGUUCUUUUAACUGAAGAUAAUGGCGAACCUGAUUCCAAUGAAUCAUUAAAUGAGAAAAAAAAAAAGGAUGGAAAGAAAAAAAGACACAAAAAUUUACUAAAAGAUAUCAAAUCUAUUUCUGGUGUAAAGCGAAAAAGAUUCAAAAAAAACACUAUAACAGAGCCAAGUAAUGAGAUAUCAGAGCACAACUGGUCAACAGGAGCUUCUUCAAAGUUGCAACUUCAUGAAUUGGUUGGAUCUCUUGACUCAAAUGAUCAACCCAUUGCUAUAACAAAGAAAAAACUGCGAAAGAUGGAGAACACAACAAAAAUAUUGGACAAACCUCUUAGUAAGCCAGAAUCACAAAAAAUUCAAAGAGAGGUAGCUUACACUCAAACAAAGGAAGAGAUUUCAAAAUGGGAUCCAACAGUACAAAAAAAUCGCGAAGCAGAACAUUUGGUAUUUCCAUUGAAUCAGUUUAAACCUCCUUCUAUUACAAUAAAUUCUCUUGUUACAUUUAAGCCAACAAACGAUUUAGAACGAGAAAUAAGUGCUGUUUUACAAGGUAGUAAGCAUUUACUUGAGAGAAAAGACAAAGAACUCACCGAGGCAGAAGAAAAUGCUCUGAAAGAAUUUGAUUUAGAAGAAGCUCUUGAACGUCGCAAAGAGUUGCAAAAAACUAGAGCUUUACAGUCAUAUUAUGAAACAAAAUGUAGAAGAACAAAAAAAAUUAAAAGUAAAAAGUACCAUCGAAUACUAAAAAAAGAAAAACAAAAAACAUUGAGUAAGGUAGAUGUUGUUUCGUUAUCUAAAGAAAAUCCUGAACUUUUUAAAAGUGAGCUGGACAAAGCUGAAAAAAUGAGAGCAUUGGAGCGAGCAAGCCUUCGUCAUAGAAAUUCUUCAAAGUGGGCCAAAAAUUUAAUUACUAAAGGCAAAACAACUCAAGAGGAUCAAGAGAGAAUUCGUGAGCAGCUGAGAUUAAGUAGACAGUUAACAGAUCAUAAAGUUAUAAAAAGUGAUGACGAUAUGCCUGAAGAUGAAUCUGCCGGCGAGGCAGAAAAUGCAAAGCUCAUGCUAUUGAGGCAAGAAAAAGAAACCGAUAAUCCAUGGAUGUUGAGUUCCAAUAAAAAUGAAAACAAAAAAGCAGAAUCAACCGAGCGGUUGCAGAAGUUGAAGCCAAUUGUAACAGAGGAGUCUAUUCAAAAUCAGCCAAAUGAAGAACAUUCGCAAUCUGAUGAAGAGUUAAUUGAUUUAGCUGUUAAAAAACAGAAAGAUAAAGCUUCUGCCGAAAAGUUACAACUUGGCGAUUGCAAUACAAAUAUAAAAAAAGAAAAUUUAAAACAUAUUAAAAUCAAAAAUGGUGAAAAUGAAAAACAUAAAGAAAAACCAAAACUGUUUAAAUCAAGUCAAAGCUCUCUUGAGCCUGAUUCUUUGAAAUUUUUACGCUCAGAUAAAGACGCAAUAGAUUUUAACAUAGAAGACAGUAGUGACGAUGACGUCAGUUACAACGAAGAGCAAAGAAUGAAUAUUAGAGAAGCGUUUGCUAACGAUGAUGUGAUUGGUGAAUUCGUAAACGAAAAAAAAGAAGUUAUCGAAAAUUCAAAACAGAAGGCAAUUGACUUUACUCUUCCAGGUUGGGGAGAAUGGGCGGGUCCAGGUUUAUCUAUAUCUAAAAAGAAAAAAGAAAGAUUUACUAAACAACCGAGACCUGGACCUAAACGAAAAGAUGAACAUAUAGCUAACGUAAUUAUAAGUGAAACAAGAAAUACUAUGCUCGCACAAAAACAGGUGGGGGAAGUGCCUUUCCCAUAUACUUCUAAAGAGGAGUAUGAAAGAAGUUUACGACAACCAAUAGGUAAUCUUUGGAACACUCCCUCAGUUUAUAAUAAAAUAAUCGAACCAAGGAUACGAUCUACUCCUGGAGCAAUUAUUGAACCAAUAAAACCUUCACGUAAAAUUAAAAAAAAAAGAAAUUAGUUUAUGUUGUA